AUGAGCUCCCGGAGUAAACGUAUACUGGAAUUGUGUAACAACACACCACAUAAAGUACCAGUGGGGUAUAUGUCUAGCAAAAAAGACAAUGUCACUAUUACUACUCCGAAUAUCAGCGAAAAAGAAAACUUCAAUAUCUUAGAUCUACCAGUAGACAUAGUCAACGAGAGUUUUAUAGAAACGUUUGGUAUGAUUGAUGCAGAAAUUCUAGAAUCAGUUGAAACUACAAGUCUAGCAGUUCCGGAGUUUGACAAUAUGGAAAUUGUUCACGGAGAAGUUUCAGAAGUCGAAGGACUAUCUGAAGCUACAAACUUUGCAGAUCCAGAAUUCGAGUGUUCAGAUAUCGUUCAAAAUCAAACUCCAGGUGUUGAGGCAGCAGCUGAAAAUGCAGGACUCGAAGUUUCAGUACUUAAGGAGAUGGGUUGCCAAAAAGAUAGUGAAAUACAGUCAAAAGUCACGAAAUAUCGUGAAAAUAGUUUCAGCGACGAGGAAGUACAGGUACAACCACGAAAACGCUUAGCUGGUGGAAACUUAAAAAAAAUCAAUCAAGAUCUUCGAAUGAAAGGAAAGCAAUACGUAGGCUACAGAAGGCCAAAAAAUCAAACGAACACGUUUCACGAUGCACAAAGGGAACCGAGAAAACGAUCUUUAGGAUGUUCGUCACAAUUUUGUAUUAAGUCAUCAAAAAGAAAAUGCAAUGAGGUUGAUGAAAGUAUACGCCAAGAUAUUUUCAAAAAAUUCUGGUCUGAUUUAAACUGGGAGCAGAGAAAAACAUAUGUGGCAAGCUUGGUCAUGAAGAUACCAGUCAAGGAUAAAAAAAACAUGAUGAAUUUGGAAUCUAGACGCACUGGUACAUUGAAAUAUCAUUUGAAGGUAGGCUCAGUGAAUAUGCCUGUGUGUAAGAAAAUGUUUCUUUCAACAUUUGGACUGAGAGAAUGGCAAGUACUUCAUUGGGCUUAUGUUCAACAUUGUGAGAAGUCGAAUGAAAAGCCCAUGAGCCAAAAUUCCCUUACUAAGAUGGUGAAGAAACUGAAUAUUGCGUUGUAUCAGCCCAAAAAGGAUGCAUGUGACAUCUGCUGUCAAUAUGAAGAGAAAAACAUAUCUAAAGAAACUUGGAAAAUACAUCAAGCUGAAAAAGAGCGGGCAAGAGUGGAAAAAAGCAAAGAUAAAGAGGAAGCUUUGACAGCAUCAGCGUGCGCCAAAAACAACACCAAGAGGAACGCUACGGCAGCCCCCAUGUGUACAGCCGUCAGCGUUGGGCUGUGGGGCGGCUUCGUGGAUGGGCACAUCAUGAGCGGUCGAGGCGCUGGUGCGAUGGGCAGACGGAAGAAAAAGAAGACCGUUGGGCAGACGGAAAAACACCUUUGGGUUGAUGGUGGUGGACGAUAG